GUCUCAUUCUCAAAAACUAAGUGCAGAGAAAGAGAGAGGAUCGAGAUAAUAAGAUAGAAAGAAAAAGAAGAGAAUGGGUUCUAAGGGAGACAACGUUGCUGUAUGUAACAUGAAGCUCGAGAGACUUCUCAGCAUGAAAGGUGGCAAAGGACAAGACAGCUACGCAAAUAACUCUCAAGCCCAGGCGAUGCAUGCACGGUCCAUGCUUCACCUCUUAGAAGAAACACUUGAUAACGUUCAUCUAAACUCCUCCGCCAACCCUUCACCGUUCACGGCGGUUGAUCUCGGUUGCUCCUCCGGAGAAAAUACCAUACACAUCAUCGAUUUCAUCGUCAAACACAUCUCUAAGCGUUUUCAUUCCGCCGGGAUCGACCCACCGGAGUUCACAGCUUUCUUCUCUGACCUCCCAAACAACGAUUUCAACACUCUUUUUCAGCUUCUUCCACCACUUGUCUCUAACUCUUGCAUGGAGGAGUGCCUUGCUGCAGACGGAAAUCGCUCCUACUUUGUCGCUGGUGUUCCCGGAUCGUUUUACCGGAGACUUUUCCCGGCGAGAACAAUUGAUAUUUUCCACUCUGCCUUUUCUUUGCAUUGGCUCUCUCAGGUGCCGGAGAGCGUGACGGAUAGGAGAUCGGCGACUUACAAUAGAGGGAGAGUGUUCAUACACGGCGCCGGAGAGAAGAUGGCCACUGCGUACAAACGGCAAUUUCAGGCGGACUUGGCGGAGUUUUUGAGGGCAAGAGCGGCGGAGGUUAAGAGAGGUGGGGCCAUGUUCCUUGUUUGUCUCGGUCGUACCUCUGUAGACCCCACUGAUCAAGGUGGUGCCGGUCUACUCUUCGGCACUCAUUUUCAAGACGCUUGGAACGACCUUGUCAGCGAGGGUUUGGUAGCGGCAGACAAGCGCGACGGAUUCAAUACGGUGUACGCUCCAAGCCUGCAAGACUUCAAGGAAGUAGUUGAAGCGGAUGGCUCCUUCACCAUUGAGAAGCUUGUAGUUUACAAAGGAGGGAGUCCACUUGUUGUGAGCGAGCCGGACGAUGCAUCCGAGGUCGGUCGUGCUUUUGCUAGUAGUUGUCGGAGUGUGGCUGGAGUACUAGUUGAAGCUCACAUCGGGGAAGAGCUAAGCAACGAGUUGUUCUCAAGAGUUGAACGUCGAGCCACUAUCCAUGCCAAGGAUGUCUUGGUGAAUCUGCAGUUCUUUCAUAUCGUCGCUUCUUUAUCUUUUACUUAGUUCCAAAUUAAAAUGAAAAGGCCUAAUUUAAAAAAAACGACGUUCGUGUGCUUGUUUUAUCUCUCUUUUUAUUUUCCUUAGGCGCUUUUUAUUUGUUUUGUUUUUCUCCCCUUACUGGCAUGGCUUUUGAUCAUGUAAUCUAAAAUAGUUAGGUGAAGACUUCUUUCUUUAAAUCUUUAUGAAAAGGAAGUCUUUGUUUC